GCGAUUCGAGUGUUCCUCCUCCCCGAGAAUUUAUCAAUAACCGGGGGAGUUUCUGUGAACGGCAGUCUCGCAUUGGAACGUACGUCCUGACGUUUCUGGGGUGAAGUUUUAUUUUUCAUUAAUAAAAUAAAACAACGGAAUUUGUUCAGUCAAGGAUUAAUUACCACGGCUUUGUUUAUCUGAAAUAAUGGCCUCUGAGGGUGGUCUAGUGCCGGAUGCAGCUGCGGGUGCUGGGGGUGAUGGAAUCGUUGGUGGGCCUAGGACACCCCAGCAGAUUGCCUCCCAGAAACGAUUGCAGCAGACGCAAGCGCAAGUUGACGAAGUUGUCGACAUCAUGAAGACCAACGUCGAGAAGGUCCUAGAGCGUGAUCAGAAAUUGUCUGAACUCGACGAUCGAGCCGAUGCCCUCCAGCAAGGUGCCUCGCAGUUCGAACAGCAAGCAGGAAAAUUGAAAAGAAAGUUUUGGCUGCAGAAUUUAAAAAUGAUGAUUAUCAUGGGAGUGAUUGGUCUCAUCAUCCUGGCGAUCAUCGUCGCUAAAUUUAUGCCAGAAUCGCCUCCAGCAGCACCACAAGGUCCAAUCUAUCAGUACGGCCCACCACCAGGAGCUCCAGCUGCACCAGCUCCAGCAUCUGGUGGAGCUCCUCAAUCAGCUCCAGCUGCUCUCGUUGGCUCACUCAAUCAAGGAAUUCUCCGCAGUGUAAUGUAAAGAAAAAAUAAUAAUUAAAUAAAAAUCACCAGCCGACAGAAGGAGUCAACUCCAAGAAGAAUUCCAACGAACGAUUUCAUUUAAAUCCCAAUGGAGAAGAAUUUGUUUUAUCUUUCUUAAAAUAUCUUAUCUAUUACUGAAAAUGUAUUUAACAAUUAGUUCAUACGCUGAAGCCCUUGUCGAUGCACUCGAUUUAUUGUACGACCCCCCGAUAAAUUAUUGAAUAAUUAUAUCUAUACGAAGAGUUCCAGUGUCCGGGAAUUAUUAAAAUUAAAUUGAGACGAAAUAAAUAUAUUAAUUAAAUAGAAAAAAAAACAAUUGGUGAAAUUAAUGUUUCACGGUUAUAUAUAAUCCAAACGAGCUGAUAUAUGUUGUAUAUAAAUAAAUAUACGUCAAGUCAAUGCGAGAUUAUUGUUUCAGUAAUUGAAAUUAAUGAGGCGGUAGAAUUUUGGAAAGUUUGUGGAUUUUCGUCGGGGAGAAAUGCUUGAUAAAUUUCGUAAUUAGAUUAAUGGAGAAUAUAUUGAGAGGGACACAUUUGAUUAAUGCAUGCCACUUGGAUUUCACUUAGGAUUUUAUUGAUUUCAGUGGGCAAUAAUGUUUUCUAUUUCUUUUCCUCAUCUUUGUGUAUUUCAUGCUUUUACGGAGGACGAGCUGAGGGAACGAUUAAUGUUAUUGAUUCAGUCCUUAAUUGAUGAUAAAUAAACCCCAUUCAUGUUGUACAUGUAUUAUAAUAAAGUAGAAAUAAAUUAUGUA